UUACUGAGAUUGCUGACCUUGAAACGCGUUGCGGUGAUAAUAGUCGUAAUAGCCUAAUGGAGGUGUAGUUUAAAGAAAUAGUCAAGAUUAUAUGUAAGGAUAAAAAAGAACCGUUACGAUAUUGUUUUCAUACGUUUCAGCAGAAUCAGCUGUCAAUAAUCAGUGUUUCAUACACUUAGUUGAUCCAUCAUUUGUUGACAUAUUCCAUGGAUCAGUGCGUGAAGGUUUAUGGCUGGGUAGUUACUGUUGAAAACGAUGUGAAAACGGCAUAAACAUAGUAAAGGAACAAUUAAGUCAUCGACAUUAAGAUUUUGUGCUUUUUAUGAAGAAAACACCUUGGUUUGCCAAUAUAUAUUCGCCUUAAAGACGAUAGAUUGCGAUGUUUACAUGCUCCAGUCGCCGUUACGCAUUUCCUGGGUCUGAAUGUCCCGGAUGCAUAGAUGACAUAAUGCUGAUUUUAAACUGAAUCUGCUGGUGCUGAUGUUGUAACAAAAUAUGCGUUUUAAGAUUCAUAGUAAGCCAUCUGAAAUGUUGUUAUUGGUGCAUAAAGUGGCCAAAAAAAAAAAACACUCUUAAAAUGUCUAUAAAAAUGUAUGUCUUUUUCACUAAAACAAAACAGCCUAUCAAACCAAGUGGCAUUGCAACAGUCAAGCUCUGGAAGUAAAAUCCCCAUUAAUUUUCUCCAUAUUGGAAAUUAUAUUGAAGACUGGCAUAAUGAAAGCUGCAAGGUUGUUAAUCGAUGGUAUUGUUGAAGCCAUCAGCUUGCAUUAUAUCAAUUUAUUUUCUAAAUAAUCGUGUUCAACAUUGAAGGCCCUGGGGAAAAACGGCAUUACUCAUGAUUCUGCAGAGAUUACCAUCAGAUAAAAAAAUUGAGUGAAUUCAAGAUCUAGUGAUCACAAAUGGAAAUCACUUAAUGGAAGUGACCAUCACUUGUUCCCUUUGCUAACGGACUUAUGUAAAGGGAUUCAGUUAUCCACUUUUGUUUGGAACAUCCAUAUAAAUGGAAUUCCUUUCCAAAGUGUCCUUCAAGAGUGCAAAAAAGCCAUUUGGAAUUCACCCUUAGAGUUAAAUGAAGCACUGCAAAUAACAUACAGUAGACUCUGUUUUCCUAUGCUCUUAAAUUGCUUAAAUGUGUGUUGCAAUUUUAUAUUUCUCCAUAAUUUUUUAUUCAUUGACACUGCUUAUUGUAGGAACCGGUUGUUUUUAUCUUCAUAUGGGCACGUUUUAUAAUUACCUCAAUAAAUGUAUCUGUGUUGAUUUUUAUGUCAAAUACUUAAAUUUCACCAGCUCAGUCAGUAAGGAUUUCAUAAUCUGUAACCAAUAAAAUUUUAUCAACAUCAACAACAGCCAUCUUUAAACUGCAAAGAAAUGAAACUCCUGACAUGGCAUUUAUGUUUACUUGUACAGGCUGCCAAAUAUGUAAAAAACAAUGUAAAAAGCCUACAUUAUAUACAAAGAAUAAAUACAAUUUAUAAAAUUUAUUAAAAAAAUAAAUAAUUGAAGAAAGAACAGGAGUUCAUUACAGGGCUACAAUAGUAUGACAAAAAUAACAUCAUUGUUGAUUAUCACGCCGCCUUCACACUGGCAGUUGAAAUCAGCUCCGUAAUACACAAUACUCCCCCAGUGGACGUCGUACUACACUGCUGAAAAGCUUCGGAAGCGAGUAGAACAAAAAUGGCGGAGAGAUUAGAACGAUUGAUAUUGUCUGUAUCUGAAUGUGCAUGUCAGGUCAGCUAAAUGUGAUAUAGUGGUAUAUAGGGCUGCAACAACCCUGCACUCCAGCGAGAGAGACCGAGUGUGUCCGAGAGCGGGGGCCACGAUAUUUAAUUAUUCAUUUUAAUUGUAUUAACUGCCCUUAUAAUGUUAGAAAAUCAUGAAAAUAAAAAAAUGACAUGACAACUUAUCGUUAUAUAAUCAUUAUUUAUUUUAUUAAAAGUUAUGAAUUCAGGUUUGUUUAUCAGUACCAUAGCAAUGCCAACUUCCGCUGGAAUUGACGGAUAGGAACCGUCCGUAGCCUUUCGCAAGAGUUCAAAAUUUUGAAUGCAUCCGGAUGACCAACGGACACGAUUUUUUGCGCACCGCACUCGUUUGGACCCGGUUCGUAGCCAUUCGCAUGCGGUCUGCGAAUCUCCAUAGGAAAUGAAUGACUUCCGGUCGUUUCGUAGCCGUAUCGGAGCUAAUUUCAACUGCCAGUGUGAAGGCGGCGUCACUCUGGAUAUAGUCAUAAUAAUAGCAUUUUUGUGUUUGGGGGAAUGGCUUAUUCUGGCUACAAAGUCCAAUUCUGACUACAAAGAGAAAACAAACUAAGAACUGGUCAUGCAUUUAUUAUUAUUAUUAUUAUUUUAUAUGCUUUAGAAUAUCCAGGAAAGUGAGCAAUGAUUAUUUCCCAUCAUUGACUUCAGUCUAGCAUGAGUAAGCACUCUCAAAAUCGCAGAAGCUGUCUACAAUUUGAAAUUAAUCUUAUUUAUGCACUUUGUUGUUUACAAUGACAAAAAAACUUAAGAGUGAAGAAUUUAGCCAGUUUAAGCAUGCAUUGAUCAUUACUUAAAGGGGUCAUAGGAUGCCCAUUUUCCACAAGUUGAUAUGAUUCUUUAGGGUCUUAAUGAAAAGUGUGUAACAUACUUUGGUAAAAAAUUAUCAAUGGUAGUAAAACAGAGCAAGCUGUUUUGUAGCAUUUUCCUUUAAAUGUUAAUGAGCUCUGCUGACCCCGCCUGAGAGACUGUUUACUUUACAUUAUUACAUCCAACACCUCAAUCGCUUAGGUGUCAUUCUUGUCUACAUUUGCUUCAUUGGUGAAACAAUUGAGGACUGAUGACAGCUCACUCAGGGCAGGUCUAAGGUAAGACACCAGUCUAGUCUGUGCUGAAAAGCCACUGUCAAUCAAACUAUCGUGGGAGGGGCCGGUCUCUGUGACAUCACACAGACAGGCAUCUGAGAUCGGCUCAUUUGAGAAAACUAGAUUAAGAAAAAAAAAACACUGGGUGUUUGUUUUUAUUAUUAGAGGGUAGUUGUGUACACACAAAUUUCAGUUCAAACAACUUGUAAAAGUGAAUGUAGCAUCCGAUGACCAAUUUAUGCAUUCCGAAACUAGUUGAUGUUAAAACUGCAAUAAAUGUGUAAACAUAAAUCUGAUGCAACGUGAGCAGAUUUCUUUCACAUUUCAGUUUAAUCAUUUCAGCCAUUAUAGAUAUAUUCUAAUUAUGCAGUGGGGUUUUAUUUAUUUCACUUUAAUUUCUGGCCCAUUUUUGUCUUUUUGUCCAGUUUUCAAAUACUUUUCUGCUAUGUUCUGCUACUUUUCUAUGUUGUGAUUCACCUUACAGCUGUUUCGUUCAUGGCUUGUAAUUCUUUUUUAUAAAAAGAUAAAUAAAAGUAAAAAAAAAAAAAAACUUAUGAAAAAAUAUGAAUGUGAAAAAUACUUCUGGAACCAUAGCUGCUGAAAAAGUUGGCAAAAACUCUUUAUUAGACAAGUAAAAAUAAAGGCUGGGGCUUUAUUUUUGACGCAUCUCCUCGCUAACUCUAGCUCACAUCAGACUGGCGGUUGGAGGGGAAUGGUUAAUGGAGAUUAGUGUGCUUCCACUUUUAAUUAAUUGUUUGGCCUAAGUAAAGGAAGUGUUUACUUUGUAUUGACAUACUAACAAUUUUAACUUGAUUGUAAACAGGUGCUGUAACCCGCCAACAUCUAGGAGCCUUCCAUGGAUAGAUCCACAUUUACCCAACAGGUGGAGAGCGUUGAGCGUAAUGUAGCAUUUUUGCAACAGGAACACCGCAUCCUCCUUAGCGGUCUACGGCUAGAGAUCCGCAACCUGAAGAAACGAUGCAAUGAGCUGAGUUGUGAACUAAGUGAAAGAACACCAGUAAAAAGCCGAGAAGGUAAGUAUCAGAUUUCACAAGAUUCCAGUCUUUCCCACAUGUUCCCUCAACUACAUGUUUUUACAGAUAUCGAACUAGAGGAAGAGCUUCUGCAGGCACGAUUACUAGAGACAGAGCAGCAUCUGGCUGAGGAGGAAAGCACCCUGGUGGAGCUGCGGUCGGAGCUACGGAAAAAGGGGGCACUUGCGAGCGCACUGCAGGUUCGACUUCGAGAUGAAGAGCGGCGAUUCCUGGAGGAGCUAAAACGACGCAGUCAUAAGAUUACAACAUUGAGUCGUGAUCUCCGCAAGCAGACUGACCUGGCCGCUCAGCUCUCCUUCCAACUGCAUUCGGCACAGUUUCGAUUGUAUCACCAGACAGAAGACUACGAGGAAGAGGAUGAAGAAGAAGAGGAUGAAGGAGGCACCAUGCAGGAAUCAGAAUGGACUGCAAAUUCUCCAUGGACAUCUCCAGUAUUGGCGGAAAGUCCACGUCAAAGCCGAGCUUCAGGAAGGGUGCGGAGAUCAGAAAGAGUGAGGGAAUGCGUGCCCCGCGAAAGGGUGCUUGGGCCCGAAGAGGCACGCCCCAUGCCUGAUCCCGCUCUUUUCCUUUAUCCUUUCAGACAUAGGCUCCUCCCCUUGCACAGGUCACUUGGAGGUCACUGGAGAGAAGGUGGCCUUUCAAGGAUGCCAGAAGCUCGAAUAGGUAGAUUCAGAGACCGACCACUGAGGGAGGACAUUGGACCAGAAACAACUGAGUUAUAAAGGGCAACAGUGCCCUUUAUUCAAUGGCCUUGGUUCUGGAGGGAUUUUUCCCAUUCAUUUUUCCUAUAGAGUUUUUUUUUAAAGGUGCUGUAUGCAAUUUUUUUUCGCUGUACUGAAGCAUAAAAAUACCAUAAUAUGUUUGCAGGUAUGUAGGAAACACGCUACGUUCACAUGCUUAUUCCUCAAAAAAAACAAAGCGACAGCCAGUUAUUCUGCUUUGAAAUGUGUGUUCCUUGUCUGAAUGUCUGUUUUUUUUUUUUGUUCUGUGUGAUUCCGCCCACUGCUAAUUUACCCAAUAGUAUUUCGACACACUUGGUUGCCAGUUAACGGAAAAAUUCUCAGUACUGCAGCCAUGGAAGCGAGCAAACAAACUGGAUCAGAGAUCGCAGAUUCCACCCUACCAAAAAAGCCUUGGCAUUCAAGCCUUGGUUCUCAAUCUGGCAACCUGCAAUCUUUUGAAUUUGGAUCGCAGUACCCAUUCCAACUGCUAGAUAUCAAUAUCACAUACUGCACCUUUAAAAGGUGAAUCGCAAACAUUACAAAAUGUUUGAUUUUAAGCAAAGAGUGUUUGAAAAUCAGAUGAACACAAUGAUACAAAAGUGAAAGAAAUGUAUUCUAAUGAGGCAUUGCAAAUGUCAUAACCAAAAAAAAUAUCUCUGCAUCAUUCACUGUAUAUCUUGGGAGUGGACUUUGGAUUGGUGUACUCUGAUUUUCUAAAUAUUUACUGAAUGUAGUUUUUCACCAGGAAUUUAAAAAAAUUAUAAAAACAAACAAAAACAAGUUUACAUAAUGUGGGCUGGUGGCAUAUACAAUCGAUUAGCAACCUCAUAGUUUAAAGUAGGUCUGUCUUUAAAGGUUUAUAUGUUAUUGUUGAAAAUCCAUUGCCCUAUGGAGAAAGUGAAUGGGAUUUUGACUUCCAGAACCUGAUUGUUGCAUUCUAGAAACUUCCUAGCAAAGUUGUAAGGAAAGUUACAGAGUAACUCUCGAGUUACAGAGCACCUGAAACCUACAUUGUGAUGUCCAUUUUUGAAAUCUGUCUUUGUUGAAUCCAGAAGACUCUAUAACCGAGUAUUCACUUUCCAUGCAGUCAUCAUUUGUGUCAAUGAAGUGAAUUAUUCUUAUCACAUUAGACACACUUUAGAAGAACAGCAAGGGCAGAUGCAGGUAAACAGGUGUAUUAUAUUGUUUUUGUGUUUUUGGUUUCUCUGUCUCUAUUAGAAAAGAGCUUUAUGAUGUGUUGAAUAUAUAUGAAGUGAAACUUGGUUUAUUUAUUAAAUAUUACAAAAAUGGUU